AAAAAAUUAAACAUUUGAUGAGUCAAAACAUACUGUAGAAAAAUGGAUAAGUGUUUACGGUUCACGGAGCUGGCGAACCGAACACCGUGUACCGAAUCCCUUCAUUCAUUCAUUCAUUCCUUCCUUCAUUCAUUCAUCCCAAAGAAACCGGAUGACGUAGUCACCCCUGUCAGCAGGGUACUCUUUCUAUUUUCUACAUAGCCCCGCCCCCUCCGUAUCUGACGUCACCGCGGCUCGUUAACGCGCUCUCGCGUUCGCGCGCGCACCUGCAGCUUGUUCAUGACUCAAACCAGCAGAACCUCCUCCUCCUUCUUCUUCUCCUUCUUCUUCUCUUCUUCCUCUGUCUGAGUCGUGUCUCUCCGGGAAUGAGAAGGAGUGAUGGCGGUCUGUGGCAGCGAGGAGAAAGCUUACCGCCGCUUCCUGGAGCUCUUCCUGCGGGAGAUGCGGCCGCCGCUGCGCGAGGACUCACCUGUGCCCGCGCGCCCUUUGUCGGACUCGGUGGCGGAGGACGAGGUGGAGGGGGAAUGUCUCGACCUGUGUCUGCAGCACCUGUGCAAAUAUAACUGUCCGUUCCCGCUGGCGGCAGGUUUGGCCCGUGGUACGGCUGAUAGCAUUCUACAGACCGAUCUCUCCAGCUGUCAGCUCACCAAGACCACAGAGGACGGCACAGAGACGGAAACCGUUCCUCAGAUCGAGGCGGUGAAAUUGGCUCGUCUGGUCUUUAAUAAGCUGUGUGAGACGUGCUGCGUGUGGCUGAAGGGUUUCCCGCCGCGACGCCGCUCUCAGGCCUACUACGAGACCUCCAUCCACGCCAUUAAAAACAUGCGGCGCAAGAUGGAAGACAGGCACGUCAUCAUCCCCGACUUCAACACGCUCUUCAACCUGCAGGAUCAGGAGGAGCAGGCGUACUUCGCCGUGUUUGAUGGUCACGGUGGCGUCGACGCUGCAACCUACGCAGCAAAUCACCUCCAUGUCAACCUGGUGAGGCAGGAGAUGUUCAGCCAGGACCCAGGAGAAGCUCUGUGCCGAGCCUUCAAACUCACGGACGAGCGCUUCGUACAGAAAGCAUCACGAGAGAACCUGCGCUGUGGCACGACUGGGGUCGUGACCUUCCUGCGAGGCCGGACUCUGUAUGUUGCCUGGCUUGGAGACUCACAAGUCAUGCUGGUGAAAAAAGGACAACCAGUGGAGCUGAUGAAACCCCACAAACCAGACCGAGAGGAUGAGAAGCGGAGGAUCGAGGCUCUGGGUGGGUGUGUGAUCUGGUUCGGGACGUGGCGAGUGAACGGCAGCUUGUCCGUCUCGAGAGCCAUCGGAGACUCGGAGCACAAACCGUACAUCUGCGGCGACGCUGAUCACGCGUUGUUUCCUCUGGAUGGCACUGAGGAUUACUUGAUCCUGGCGUGUGAUGGUUUUUACGACACGGUGUGUCCGGAGGAGGCGGUGCGCGUCGUCUCCGAUCACCUGCAGGAGAAUAACGGAGACACGGCCAUGGUGGCGCACAAACUGGUGGCAUCGGCACGCGACGCCGGCUCAAGCGACAACAUCACCGUCAUCGUGGUGUUCCUCAGGGACCCGCGAGCUCCGCCCCCAUCCGACGAGCAGCAGGAAGAAGAGGAGGAACCUGAGGAGGAAGAGGAAGAGGAAGAAGAGGAGGAGGAGGAGGCGAUGCAGGGCGAGUUGGUGUGUCAGGACGGCGGAGGGGAGAACGGAGGGAAAGUGCGCAGCGGCUGGCCCCUGCAGCAGUGCUCGGCUCCCGCUGAUCUGGCCUACGAAGAGCGCACUGACUCCUUCACGGACAGGACGAGCCUCAGCACCACGGGGCCCGACCUCCCGCUCACGGCCGGCGGCUGCUUCUGUCCCACUCCCAGCAGGUCAGACCUGCGUCUGAGAGGAGGAGGAGGAGGAGGAGGAGGGCGUCGGCUGUGUCCCAAACCUCAGGUCCCGUCCUGCAGUGGACGCUGGGUGGAAGCAGCAGCUCUGUUCCCUCAGCAGGGACGGAGAAAGAGGAGGAUGGACGAAGAGCUGGAGCGCAGGAGGGAGGAAAAGCGGCGCAUCCGAAAGAGGGGCGAGUGCCGCGGUAUCCUGAGCUCCCGGCUUCAAGUGCCCGAGCCGCUGCGCUACGCCGAGAGCCGGCCCGGAAUCGCCGUUCCACGCUUAACACACGAAUACGGCAUCUAAACCCCUCCCCUCACAUAACCCCGUUAUCACUCACACACACACACACACACACGUUAAUGUCCUCCUGCAGGUCAAAGCCACUUUUACACACACAUGCUACAAUAAUACACACAUUUCCCCUGAGCUGGAGUCAGUCCCGACUUCAAACUGAGCCAAGACAUAGAAUACACACACACACACACACACACACACACACUCCGCUCUGACCUGAUGGAGAAAUUAGUUAGACCAGAGGACGUCUAGAAUAUUCUUCACCACGACUGAACUGUCUGCCAUUUUAUUAUUUAUUUCUGUUCUGAUUUCUCCUCGUACAUGGAAUUACAGGUAACUAGUAGUGUGUCAUUUCUGUCGUUUAUGCCACGUUUAUAAAAGGACGGUCACUCGCUCACCAAACACCAUGUAAACAAAAGUUCUACUUGCCUUUUAACAGUAAAAAAGGGAAGACGAAAUGCUGUUAAAUGUUUAAAACCUUAGACUGAAUGAUAAACAGGUUACUGUACACACACUUAGAGAAAGCGUUCUUCGAAAGGACGUACUUUUUAAAGUUCAGCGUUCUUUACCUUCUCUGUCGUGUAUUGUAUAAAGACUCUGUAAGGGUUCGCAGGGAUUUCGAGCCUUUACACGUCUUUAGUUUAGAACCGAGAUUAAAGCCUCUGACUGAGAAUAAGGACAUGACGGAACGCCAAUUUGAUUAUAUAAAAAACUAAAUGAAAUUUAGUUUACCGUUUAUAAAUAAUAAAUAAAUAACUGCCACUCUGUCUUUUAGUGAACAGCUGAAAGCAGAGUCUGUGAAAUAUUCGUUUUUAAACUUUACAAACUGAAUUAUCUGCUGUUGUUUGGCCUGAGCAUGACCUAUCACGAAGCUUGUUCUUUUAAAAAUAUCAGAUUUUUGCCAAAACAUGUCCGCCAUCUUGUUUUUGUUUUGUAAUGUCCGACUGAAAGGAGAGCUCUGCACAAACGGUUCGGCUGAGCGAUUAUCGCUGUGUGCUUCUGUACAGAAGUGUCAGUAGAGAUGCAGUAUGAAACACGCGGUGUGUUUACGACGACAUCGAUGACCAAAGAAAGGCCGUACAACCGUGUGUGUGUGUGUGUGUGUGUGUGUGUGAGAGAGACUGUACCUUGUACAGAGUCGGCGGUUUCACUAUAACUUCAUCACCCGCCCCGUGUGUCCUGUUUAACAGAAGCACAAUACUGUGAGAGAACACACAGUUUGGCUGCUACAGUAAACACAAUCUUAACAUCAUUCACCAGAAACGUCUGUCUCGUGCGUGUUGUGAGAAAGAGGAGACGUGUCGGCGUGAAACACGUGCCUUCUCUACCUUUAAUAACCUUCCUAAUAAAACGCUGGUUUAUUUUAACAUUUAACUCACACAGCAGCGCUAACACCAUCACUUCUGCUCAGAUUAAAACCCAAACAAAACAGCCGCCAUUUUUUUACUAAUUCGGCCAUGGCGGCUAAGGUAGCUAACACAUACUGGAAUGUGUGUGUGUAUGUGUAAAUCCUCCCAGAUUUGCGUCUCCUUAGUCAGAGUUGUUCGAGUAGGGGGCGUGGCCUAAAGGUUGAAGGCAGCGUUAGUAUGCUAGAAGUGACCAUUUAAUUUUAAUACGGACUUUAUGUAGAAAUAACAUUACGGAGACACGAUGUGAGGAUUUAAACAUGAAGAUAUGCACAUGCACUCAAUGCUCCUCUAGGAACAAACUUCACACACACACACACACACACAGCAGAGUGACGGGACGUUACGGACAUUUUAUUAACGGCCAAACUGAUUCCAUAACAAUUUCAUUUACUGGACUUUAGUGGAAAAUGUGCUAAUAGAACUUAAAGUUCUUACUCAACACACACACACACACACACAGAGAGAGAGAGAGAGAGAGAAAAACCCCUCACUCUGAAAAUUACCCAUGAUUCCAAGAGGUCGUCCACAGUCGUGCUGCAGAAUGCCAGAGUGUUUCCUUCCUACGUGAGAAGACGAAGCCUCUGUGAAACCUUCUGCACUCACAUCAUUAUCUUCAUCUACGCCGCUGAGCUCAAACCUGAUCUCAGUUCCUCCAGGAGACAGUAACGAAGCACCACCGAGGAAGAACAUCCACAAAUCCUCCUCAGAUCCACACACACACACACACACACACUUCUUCAUGACUGAGAGGAUUAGGCAGAUACAAGCACCAUUAUUAUGUUCAGACUCUGGAAUGUAUUCACACUGAAAACAUUCAUCACAUUCUGUUUUGUUUUUUUGCUGAAAGUCCAUUGAGCCUGAGCAACGUGACGACGUCAUCACCUGCCUAUCACGACGUCUCUGCGUGAACGGGUCGACACGUUUAAGUGAAAAGCGGCGCUCUGAGGUUCUGCGUCUCGUGCUGAAGUGCACACUGAAGUGCACAAGUGUUCACUCUCUCCCUCCUUCCCUGAUUUACCUCUCAAUGGGCACAAAUAUAUUUAACGGAAUUGUAGUAAAACGACAUGUAUAUAUUUAUGUACAUGUAUGUAUUUUUGUGGGCGUGGCUGUGUGUGUGUGUGUGUGUGUGUGUGUGUGUAUGACGCUGUCUGUCUUAUUAAUGUGAUAGUUAGGUCUCAGACACACACUUGGAGUUGUGUAUUAACUCUUCAGCCAUCAUGUCCCUCUACAUCUAAUCCUAAAGAAAACUACUUGAAAUUAUCCGAAAAGGAGGACGUGCCAUGAACGAACACACACACACACACACACACACACACACACACACUAACACCAGAAGUGGCCGACGGCUUCCUCUUCCACGUUCAGGGAUUUUGAGCCUCGGCGCUUCACACUGACGGCGCGCUCCUGCUCGUCUCACCUCUCACUUCCUGUCUCUCUAUCGUCGUGUGUCGCCUCGUCUGUGAUCUUCACCUCUGCUUUUACUUCCUGUAAGCAAUAAUGAACCUACUGAAGCCAUGAGACUCUCAGAGCUGCAGAGCAAAGAUUCUCCCACGAGUUCACGACGCUCAUCGCUGGAUUCUGUUAAAGGAGCAGUUCGGCUAAAAUCUAAACGUCCACAGCGUGAGUCUUCACUCUUCACUCUUCACUCUUCAAGCCGAGACGCGUUCACUGUGUGAAGUUCGCUUCUUUAGUUUAGCGCUGCAGCCACGAGGAUGAAGGAGAUAAGUUAUGAAAUUCACACGAAAUCCCCAGGACACAGUGGGACUUCCUGUGAACGUUACCGCGUGGCUUAACACUGCAACGAUUGGUCUGAAUAAUUCAUUACACUGAAGAAGCGCGGGAGCGCAGUGGCCUCUAUUCGUGUGUAAUACAGUGCUGACGCUGUAGGGGGCAGCAGCAGUGCAGCUACUUUUAGACCACAUUAACUCUUCAGAUUUCAGCACAACACUGCUGAAGAAAAUCAGACCGAAAGCAGAAAAAGAGUUUCAGUUUCAUGUGAGCUUCAACACAAAGGUUUUAUUCUUAAAAGCGUCACUGAUGGAAAAGACAAAGGUGAACGAUGCUCUCUUUAACGCAACACAACGCAUCACACACAGAUCUCGAGAGAGGAAUGAAAACGGCAAAACCUCAAACACUGGUAGUUUCACGCAAAACUAAAAUAACUGAAAAAUUCCCUCUCAGUAAUGUAAACUGGGUUUGCUUCCUGUAACAGGAAUAAUCAUUAGAUUAGAUUUGGCUCUGGAGGAACGUCAGAACGUCAGUAACGUAACAAAACGUUAAACAUUAAGUCGUUCCUUGCUUUACAUUAUAUUACUGACCAUUCUAUUCAUAUUCUUAUAAAUUAUCAACUAUUCAGAUUUUUUUCAGCUCUAACUGGAAUGUUAUUUAAGAGAGCCGCCAUCUUGGAUGACCAAAAUCAUUUUUCCUCAGUGCGGUCUGGUAUAACUCCGCCCCUAGACUCCGCCCCCCAGAGAUUUAACGGUAGAAUCGUGGCAGAAAAACAGAUGAAGUGGACGAUGAAAAAGUUCCACUUUUAACUUAAACAUGUAAACACAGUACACAUGAUUGAUCGGUGAAGAUUGUGAGUGACGGACGUCCAGUUCUUGUCAGCAACUUUCACCUCAGAAAUCUAAAGACACAAACUUCACACAGCGAACUCGUCUCCACUCAUUUGGAGGGUUUUUUUUUUUUGGUUUUUUUGUUUUUUUUUGCUGAACUGCACCUUUAAAGCCGUGUAAGACUCCCGUACUUUACUGCAGAGUGAGACCGGAAAGUUUUAUCAGGACUCUGAGCAAACGGAUGACGUGAGACGACGUCUAGAUGUUCAGACGUCCUGCUGUCUGCGUGAGAAAGCGUGAGCUGUGGAUCGUGUUCGGAUGUUUAAGUGAAACUGACUAUUACAGACUCAUUAAAGACGUUAGCCUUUAAAACACACACACGCGCACACACACGCACACACACAGAGGAGAACCUCGUCCUCACACUCAUCACCACACCUCUAGGAGCUUUUUGUUUUCCGUUUCCCGCUCGGUUACUGGACGAUGAAGACGAUGAGUCAUGUCUUCUCCUCUGUGCUGGUGAAGGAACGGCGUCACACUGGCGUCACAUCGCCGUCACACCGGCGUCACACUGGCGUCGUCUCCUCCAGGAACCUCAGUAACCUGCGGACACGAGACACCCCGUCCCCCGUCCUCCAAAUAAGCUCACAGUAAAUAGUGAACCUGUGUAUGAGUGUGUAUGUGAGAGAGUGUGUAUGUAUAUGUGUGUGCGUGUGUGUGUAUGUGUGUGCGCGAGUGUGAGUGUGUGUUCUGUGCUAAUGUAGUAUUUAUUAUAAAUAUGUAUAUCUGGUGACUAUCAUGUAUAAAGAGUGUAAGAACUGUG